GGAUGCUUACAGAUACAGCUUUGGUUUAAGUCCGUCAUGGUGGGCAUGUCAUUUCUCACGCGGAGCUCCUCCCCUGUUGCCGGAGCUCUGCACACUUUUCCCCCAAACCUUAUCAGCUUUGCAGAGCUCCUGCUGCAAGAGGGCUCCUCGUGGUGGAAUCUGUGGCUGAUGGAGCGGUGUCCAGCAGAUAUGUACGCAACUAGAAUCUGAAUUAGCAAAUGGUCAACUAGUUUCGGUGAGGAUAUUUGCUGCGGGCACGCAGGUCUGUGGAAGAUUGGCCACAGGACACUCCCAGAGGAAACCUCCUGAGGUCAGGUGACCAGGUAGCUGUGAUUACACCAUGUCAGAGGUCCUCCUGCCCAGUGGAACCUGGCAGUGAUUAGCGCUGAAGAGGAAGAUGUCUGCGUGCGGCAAAUUUGCUGACCACUUGUGGAAACCAGGCUCCUGCAAGAACUGCUUCCACCCCAGCAGUGCCCACCGUUCCAAUGGUGGUUUGGUCCAAGCCAAGGCCCGUGCAGACGCAGAUGAGGAUAACUGUGUGAACCUCUCCACCUCCUACUCAAAACCCACCAUCGCUGUCAGGCCCACUGUGAUGAACCCGGACACGUCAGACAUGUUGACGGAUGUCAACAUGAACACUGAACAGGAUAACCAGAAGUACGUAAUGGACAAGCUCAGCCUGAUGGAGAUGCUGGAACUUUCUCCCUUCUAUAGAGGCAAAAACGGCUGCAGCAGAUCGCUGAGAGAGGUUGUUAUGCAAAACGCCGCCUCUGGGAAAGUGGACUACUUUUGCAGGUUCUCCUGUGAUUCUCUGUCCUGCUCAGCCCACCAGCCCGAGACGCGGUUUGUCAGCAGCGUCCCGGUGGAAGGACAGGGGCCCCUGGCUCUGAGGGAGUGUGGUGCCAGCGCUGCAUCCAGGCCUCAGGUCACUGAUCCUGUGAAGAGCAGCAGCCCCACCAGGGCUUCUGUACAGGAGCCUGAGAGAACAGCGCCCUCCUCUGGAAGCUGUGAGGAACACAGGGGCAUCGUUUCAGACGGACUGGCAGCACAGAAGCAGCAGGCUGCCCUGGCCAAUGCCAUGGACAUUGUUGCCACGGCCCCCACCAGCCCUGUCCAGUCCAGGAACACGGAGCCCCCAGAUUCUUCCGGCAGUUUCUCCCUGGGCUGUGUGCCACUGGGGAGUCCAGAUCACAGCUGCAGCUGUGGCAGCUCCCUGGGUGAGCUGCCUGGGGCACCAGGCCCCUGCUCCUGCCCCCGCUCCUGCCCCAGCCCUAUGGACUCAUCCAGCUGCUCCACAGGGCAGUCCUGGCCCCAAACAGUGCUCAUUUUACCCAGCAUGCCCUCAGACAGCGAGAGCAUCACACUGCGUUCUGAGCCCAUAUAUGCGGAGAGCACCAAACGCAAGAAGAAGGCCACUGUGGGGAGCCCUUCCCAGCAGCACUCUGCUCUGGAGGGGGCGCUGGCUGUGGACCUCCAGGGCCCCAGAAAUCACAGCAUGACUGGCAACACAGGAGGGCCAGGAGGGAUUCUUUACCUGGCACGUUCAGGUUCAGCUGUAAGAUUGCUGUGUCCACACUUAAGCUCCGCCUCCUGCAAAGACUCUGGGUGUUCCACCUUCCAGUGUUGCCAUACCAGCACAGAGACCAACACAGGUCCUCUCAAGUGUAGGCCUCAAGUCAGCCCUCCCAUUCCCCCCAAGAGGAGCUCUUCUUCUCCAAAAUUUGAGCCUGCAUGCCUCUCUCCUUCACCCCACCCGGAGGUGCAUUCAUACCCCAGCCCCCCCACGCAGCAGCUCUGCCUGUCCCAAGCCUGGAACAGAGACAUGGGGGGGGUUCACUCCCCCAUCCCUGCUGGGGAAGCCCUGGAACUGAGGAACGCUCAGAACCCCAAAACUGAGGAGCAAGAAGAGGAGGAAGGGGGAGAGUGUGGAACACCCAGGGCCUCCGACACAGCCUCUGUGUUACAGCCGAAGGAUUGGUGUCCCACAGUGCACUGCAAGGAGAGCACCUCACCCGGCACAGCUCGCAGCGGGGUCAGUCCGCUGGGCCUGAACCGUCACCGAGGGAACAGGUUCACCAGCGGCACUUCCUGUACUGCAGCUCAGUCAGAGGGGAACAGUGGGAGCCACCACGACACCAUGCCACCUCAACCCCCCCCCAGCGACACCAUGCCACCUCAACCCCCCCCCAGCGACACCAUGCCACCUCAACCCCCCCCCAGCGACACCAUGCCACCUCCACCUCCCCCCAAGAAACACCACAGGAUGUCCGGUACGAUGCAGCAGCCCAACGCUGACCUGCAGACGAGAGCCUGGACGGACCAUGUGGAGCACUUCACCCCACCAUUCAGAACCCUGCCCGGAGGCUUCUGUGCCACUUCCUCUGAUGGCCCCGCCUCCUUUCCCAGAAUCCUCUCUGAUGGGGGUGGCCCCUUCUUGCCCAGCCUGUCGGUGUGUCUGACCCCCCCUCUGGUGUGGCCUCUUCCAGACGCGCCCCCCAGCAGCAGCCCAGGCCUGUCCCAGCAGCCCCCUCCUCUUCCUGAGAAGAGGCUGGUGAACCGCUGUGUAUCCGGGUCCAUAACCGGGUUCUUAUUCGGGUCCAUAUCCGGGCCCCGCAGCGAGGGGGGGAGGCGACUGAGCGCCCCAAACCCCCGUUCCCCCCCCAGCUGGUCAGAGGGCGACGUCUCUACGACGACAACCCUGCUGAACCCGCACUCUCCCGCAGAGUCCCAGGAGCAUGCUCAGACGACGCUGAGCCACGCCCUGCCCCCCCGCACGCUGGCCCAGCCACUCGAACAGGGACAUCACCCCUGUAGGGCCGUCACCUCCUGCUUUUCCUCCCCCUCCUCCCCCUCCUGCUCCUCCUCCCCACCCUCACUCAGUGCGCCCCCUGCUGGCUCUGGCCUCCACCUGCAGAUGCUCCUCAGUAACACGGACAGCCGCGAGGGCGUGUACUCCAAAUUGGGCGGUCUGUACGCCGAGUCGCUGCGGCGACUGGCGCUGAAGUGUGAGGAGCACUUCACGCGCAGCCAGAGGAACCCGCUGCGGUUCGACGAGAGCAGCUGGUCGCUGUUCAAGCUCACCUGCAGCACACCCUGCUGCCACGCCGCAGACGCCAUCUACUACUCCGCCUCCUGCUCCUCCGACCCCCGCAGCCCCUACGCAGUCAAGAUCUGUAGGAGCCCCAGUGAGGAUGCCAAGCAGGGCCACCUGUACGGGCUGUCUGUGCAGCAGAGUUACCCUCCGCACUUCAACCUGCAGCAGGACUGCGGCCAUUUUAUUGCCCGCGUCCCCCACAGCAUGCUGCCCCCGGAGGAGAACCAGCGCCACUGCGAGCAGGAGCGCGUGGUGGUCAUCACCCGCGAGGUGCCCCGCCAGAGCGCCGCCGGGUUCGUCCAGCAGGGGGCAGCCUUUCACCGGAGCCACCCGGAGGUGUACGAGCGGCGCGUCUGCUUCCUGCUGCUGCAGCUCUGCAACGGGCUGGAGCACCUGAAGGAGCACGGCAUCGCCCACGGCAACCUCUGCCUGGAGAACCUGCUGCUGGUGCCCCCCCCACACCAGCCCCCCGGCGGCGGCAACCAGAACCAGCUCCCCCGCCUGCUGGUGAGCGGCUUCGCCAAGGCGCAGCGCCACUCCGCGCCCCACCCCGCCGCCGACCCCCUGCUGACGGACCGCUCGCGCCUGGCCCCCGAGAUCCUGUCCGCCUCCCAGUACCGCAAGUUCGACGAGUUCCAGACGGGCAUCCUGAUCUACGAGCUCCUGCACCAGCCUAACCCGUUCACAGCGAGCCCCGCACUGAAGGGGCAGGACUACCGCUGCGAGGACCUCCCCCCCGUCCCGCACGUGUCCCUGUACUCCGCCGGACUCCAGCGGCUGGCCCACCUGCUGCUGCACCCGGACCCCACCCAGCGCCUCCACAUCCAGGGGGCUCGCCGCGCGCUGCAGAGCCUGCUGUGGGGGCCCCGGGGGGGCCUGCUGGAGCGGGACGGGCCCGGGGACGGCCCCCGCCACGAGGGCCCCCGCCACGAGCGCCUGCUCAGCUGGCUGGACGUCAAGCGGGCGCUGCUGAUGAUGAAGUUCGCCGAGCGGUCCCUGGAGCCCGAGCAGAGCGCCGAGCUGGAGGACUGGCUGUGCUGCCAGUACUUCUCCUCCGCCAACCCGCCAAACCUGUGCCAUACCGCCGAUCUGCUGUAUGCCAACUAACGCACCCAACCCGCCACUAACGCACCCAACCCGCCAACCCGCCCACUAACGCACCCAACCCGCCAACCCGCC